CUGGCAGGAGUGACCAGAAUAAAAACAGCAACACCAGACAUAGACGAGGAAAUAAAGCAAAGUGAUCCACUGAGUGUUUGCCCUCUCAUAAUUACGUUGAGCUUUUCCCUUUUUUCACCCUCCCCCUGCUUCUUUUUUUUUCAUCACUCUUUGAGACUUCGGGGCUAGUGGUAAUUAGCCAGAAGAGAAUAAAACCAGCUGAUCGGGAGAGGGGUGGUGCAUUUUGGAGCGAGAUGGCUAACAGAAACAUUCUGUUGCUCUUCUGUGGACUCUUCCUCUUAGCACUGAUUCAACCCUCUCUUCAAGGAGGUGUGUAUCUACCACCUGGUGCUGGGUUAGGACCAGGAGGCGGUGGAACAGGAACUGGAUUCUUUCCAGGGGCUGCUGGAGGGUUCCCUGCGGGCUAUAAACCAGCUAAAGCUGCAGGAGGUUAUGCAGGAGGAGGUGGAGGCCGAGGCCUAUUCGUGCCAGGGGCAGGUGGCCAGGUCAUUGCAGGAUUGCCAGCAGGACAAGGUGGAAAAGCCCCUAAACCAGGAUAUGGAAAUCUAGGAGGUGGCGGCCUGGGGCCUGGAGGCUAUGGAGGAGGUGGCUACGGGGGCUACUAUCCGGGAGCUGGAUCAAAGGCUGCUAAAAGCGGGGUUGGAGGAGGAGGAGGUCCUGGAGUCCCUGGAACUGGACCUGGACUGCCUGGUGGAGCACCUGUUAUUCCUCAGACCGGCCUUCCUGGAGGUGGUGGCGCAGGAAAAAAAGCUGCCAAAGUGCCAGGUGUGGGUGUACCUGGCCUUUAUCAAGGCGGACUGGUGCCUGGACAAGGGUUUGGUGGACGUGGAGUUCUGCCUGGAGUGCCCACUGGGUCUCAACUCAAUCCCAAAUCAAUUGCAGGAGGAGUAGGAGGAGGACAGCAAGGUGUCCGUGGGUAUGGGGGACCAAUGCAGCCAGGAGUGUUCCAUGGAUACCCCCUCAAAUCACCCAAAGUACAAGGUGCCUAUGGAGCAAAAACUGCAGGUGGAAAACUUACGUAUGGUUAUGGCGGCUUUAAUGUUGCACCUGGACUGCCAGGAGUGCAAGGUGGCCCUGGGUCCAAGCCAGGAUAUCCUGUUGGAACUGGAGUGGGACUUGGGGUCAUUUCACCUGGUCAGGGUGGUACUGGAGGCUUUGGAGCUGGUGGUGGUGGCUUUGGUGGCACUGGUGGGCUGUAUCCAGGCCAGGUGUCAGGAGGGUAUGGAGCUGCUAAGGCUGCCAAAUAUGGAGUUCCAGGAGGUGUACCUGGGGGAGUACCAGGAGGUGUACCUGGGGGAGUACCAGGAGGUGCACCGAUUGGAAGAAUUCCAGCGGUUGGUGGAUAUUCACCAGCAGCAAAAGCUGCUAAAUGUGGUAUGCUUUGUGGCACAGGAGUACAAAUAGGCACAGGAGGACAACUAGGAACAGGGCAACUAGGAACAGGGCAACUAGGCACAGGAGGAGGAUAUUAUCCUGCAAGCAAAGCUGCCAAAUACGGUCAAGGUGGUGGAGGGUUUAUUCCAGGUGUUCGUGGAGGUGGUGGAGGAGGAUUUUUACCAGGAUAUGGAUCUUUGGCAGCCAAACCUCCUAAAUAUGGAGUGCCAGGAGCAGGCCUAGGAGGAGGGGUUGUCCCAGGAGGAGGAGGGGUUUUCCCAGGGGGAACAGGACAGGUAGUCCCUGGUGGUGGAUUGGGUGGUUUUGGAGGUGGUGCUGGAGUCAAACCACCAAAGUAUGGAGUUCCUGGAGGAGCCGGAACAGGGCUAGGACCUGGAGGAGUUCCUAUUGGAGGAGUUGCAGGUGGACCGUACUCCCCCGCCGCAAAAGCUGCUAAAUACGGAGUUGGAACUGGAGGUCUACCUGGAGGAUUUCCAGUUGGAGCAAAAGCACCAAAAUACGUAGUUCCAGGAGUGACUCCAUACACACCUGUCAGUUUUCCAAAUGGCUCUGUUGUACCUGGUCAAUUAGUUCCUGGAAAACCAGCAAAGGAUGUCAGUGGAACUCCUCAGCCAGGUGUUUCUGGUGGAAUUGUUCAGCCUAGUGCUGGCACAGGUGUUGUUGGAACAGGAGUUGACGCUCCCACUGGUGUUGACACUUCACGCCAAGUUCAACCUGGUCCUGGUGUUGGAACAGUUGGAAAAGCACCCAAACCAUUUAUACCAGGUACUGGCUAUCCUUAUGGAGCACCUUAUGGAGUACCUUUAGGCACUGGACCCGGAACUGGACCCGGAACUGGGCCUGGAACUGGAACACUGCCUGGAGCAAAGCCUCUGAAACCUCCAGCUGUGGGUGGUGUUGGAGAGAGACCAGGAAUCCCACUGGCUGCAGGACGUUAUCAAGGUGGAGUUGCGUAUCCUGGAGCUGCAGCUAAAGCGCCGAAACCAGGCUACGGCAAUAUUGGAGGUGGUGGCGGAUACCAACAAGGUGUAGUUCCUGGUUACAGAGGAGGAUACCCCCAGCAGUACUACCAAGGAUAUGUGCCAGCCCCGCUGACUCCUCAACAAGCCAAAGCAGCAAAGUACGGUGCUCUGCAGGGCUUCCUUGGUGGCGCAGGUGGAGGAGGAGGCGGAGGAUUCUAUAGAGGUGGCGUUGCAGGAUGCCAGGGCAAAUACUGUGGGAGGAGGAAGUAGAGGAUCUCUCGAGAUCCAGUGACCUCAAGAAACCAUGGUGCUACUGCAUGAUCGAGAAUGUACAUUUUAUAUGCAAAGCCCCAUUAGACAACCUGAAAAGAUGUUUGUUUUUACUUACUUGACUUCAGUGUCUGUUUUUACACAAACCCACCGACCCAGAAUUUUGUACAUGUGACGUAUGUUAUUGACAGUGCCUUUUAAUCAUUAACGUGUUCAAGUUAACCAAGUUAAUUCUGUACCGCACCGGCCCACCAUGUGUCGCUGCGUCCGUGCACGCACGCCUGCACGUGUGUGUAUCGUUUGUUUGAAACUCUGUCUGUACCAUCGGCUGUCAAUGUCACCCACAAGUGAUUUCCCUUUCUGCUUUAAUCCUAAACUAAAUCAAGGUGAUCUGUCUCACUGGGCAGCACAGGGCUCGUCUGCUCCUCUCCGACCUGUCACAGGGGUGGGGUUGGUCAUAGCUAGGCCGAAAUCUGAUGAUAUCCAUCCAAUGUCAGUGCGGUUCCUGGCUCCCCAUUUUCUCUGCUGCCAUUUUUAGGCCUGCUGGGUAUAAAGCGGUGGUAACUGGGGCUCCAGCCAACCCAUCUGCUCUCACCAACUUUGCUGAUUCUUGUUGCUGUGCAGUUCAGUGUUCUCAGCUUUUUUGUGUUAAAUGUUGCCAAACACUUUCUGCUGAAGACAGUCAAAAAGCAGUGGGUUUAAAUAUCAAUCAGACACUGCUUUGGUAUGUACGCGACGUGUAUGUGCGUGUGUGUUUCAUUAUGUGUCGUGUUUAAGUCUGCUUCCAAUGUUUAGUCUCAUUUACAUUUAUGUAACUGGUCAUUAUUCAAGAUUUGCGGCACCAUGAUUUGACUCAUAGCUUUUUUGUUAUCAGGAAUGUGUGAGCAUUAAAAAAAACAAUCCUUUGCUUUUGCAUUUAUUCACUGUUAUUAACUGUAAUACAGAUUAAUACUUUGUUUUAAUGGGAAUGCCGCUGUGUUUAUGUGAGGCACAAAAUCCCUGUUCUUUAUUUACUUGAGCUGCUUUAAAAAAAACAAAACCAAAGGCUUUACUGACCAAAGGUUCAUGAGCGCUGUUGCCAAGUGACCCCCAUCUCUUCCCGUAACUGUGUACUGUAUUUUGUACUAAUUUGAUGGCUUCAGUUCCUUCACUCGGUGCUGUGUAAGAACUGUCUUUGAGCCUCGCUGGGUCAGACCUUGUCUUAUGUGGCGUGGGAUACUCUUCAUCUUUAUUUAAAACUGUUUUUAUAAGGAGGAACAGUGUGGUUUUGCACUUUUUAUGUUUCCACGGCACACAUGUGACUUGUUCCCGGACAUCCCGGCAUUUUAUUUGCUUUAACAAAUAACAAAAUAAAAUGUGUUUAAAGAA